CUCAAGAGGAUUAACUCCACGCAAAGGCUGCCAGGUCUGCCACAGUUCACAGUUUUCAAACCUCUCACACAGAAUACGGGACCUGUCUUGUUGUGUUCGUGGUUGCCAAGCAGUACCAAAGCCGGGGUCUUUUUGGGAAUUUGGCUCCUCCUCUGCUCCCCCGUUGGGUUCCUUUUCUCUGAGAGACCCAGAAGACAGAGGUCUUUUCUCUGGGUUAGGGGUUUAGAGGCGCAGUUCUAGGCUUCUAGCGGAAAAGGAGCAAGCUUUAUCAGGUUGGUUUUCUGUUGUUUCCAUCCAUUUUUUCCAAUUUUCUUGCUUUCCUUCGGCUCUUACUGAUGAAUGCCCUGCAUAUUGUUUAUUACCGGGUUCCUCAUUGUUGAUGCUUGAAGCUAUGGAGUGAGUUUGAGAGUGUAGGUUUUCCAGAAUGUUGCUCUGGAACUAGGGUCUUUUCUGUAGGGUUUGAGAGUGUAGGUUCCUCAUUUUAGCAGAUUCCAUUUGUUUGAACCCGUAUCUGCCUGAAAUUCUUGCAUUUACACCUGUUUCGAUUCCAUGAAAACCUAGGUUUUGACAGCAUAGUAAACCCAUUUUAGAGGCGUUUUCUCUGGGGUUUUGGGGGCUUGAGUCACAGUAAAGAGUUUGCUUUCGGGUUCUUCCUCUUCCAUGUGUCUCACUGAACAACCUUUCCUUAAAACCUCGAGCAUCUUCCCAAAUGUGAAGUUUCAUGGCCAUAUAGGGUUUGGAACGGCAAGGUAUGAUAACCUCCUUUUGCAAACUGUCGAAUUGCUUCAUAUGUUUGAGUGUUUCCUUGUGUAUCAUUGAACAUCAUUUGCUGGCAUUGUUGUCAAUUUGGGCUUCGGUACCAUUCUAAAGGAUGCUAGGGUAUCCUUCUCUUUUGUUCGCAUGCAUUUUCUGAUAACUUGGAGUGUUAGCAAGGUCUGAUAACUUGAAGAAUUUUGGGUACUUCUUGUUUCAAACUGUCAAACCGCCGCAAAAAAGAGGUUGCUUUUGGGUUCUUCCUCUUUCAUGUGUCUCACUGAACAGCCUUUCCUAAAACCCUCUAGCCUCUACCCAAAUGUAAAGUUUCAGGGGCAUAUAGGGUCGGGAAUGUUACCAAGAUCUGAUAACUUGAAGAAUCUGUUUACUUGUUGCAUACUGUCCAGUUGCUUUACAUGCAUUUUCUGAUAACUUGGAGUGUUAGCAAUGUCUGAUAACUCGGAGAAUUUUGGUUACUUCUUGUUUCAAGCAGUCUAGUUGCUUUAUACGUACGUAGAACAGCAUUUGCAGGCAUUUGUUUUCAAUUUGGGCUUCAUGGAUACCAUUCUUUAGGAUGCUCAAGCAUCUCCUUUAUCGCGUGCAUUUUCUUAGUGUUAUUCAGAUGGAAGAGAAGAGGCCAGUUUCUCAAGAUGGUGUCAUAGCUCAUGGAGUGGCAGUGGUGGAAUUGAAUGAUCAAGUGACUGGGGAAGAAGCUGCAACCAAGCCGAGGGAUGAGAACGCACUGAUAAAGACGUACAAACUAAGAGGCCGCCGUAACAAUGUGAAGGAGAAGGAGAAGCCUGCAGGAGCAGCAGUGUCACCCAAGAACAAGCCAAAGAAGAACAAACUGAAUGAGGAAGAAGUUGCUGGUGGUGACAGAGAGAAGUUGCUGACUACUCCAACAUUGAAUUAUUAUCAGAAGAAGAACAAGAAGAGGGGUCUGGUGGAAAGGAAUGAUCAAGUUACCAGGGGAGCAGCUCCAGAGAAGGUGCUGAAAACUCCGCACCCGAAUCAGAAGAAAAAGAGGAGAGGAGCAGAUGCUGAGAUAGUAAGUUCAUAUCUGUCCUCAGCAAAGGGUAACUCGGCACCACCACCGUCAAGGUUUCGUCCUAGAAAACUGGUGCCUGUGUUUCGAAUGGUGAACUUGGAUGACAAGGAUGAUAAAAGGAUUGUGGGGAAAAGGGUGAAAGUGUAUUGGUCCGGAUCAAGGAGAUGGUUCACCGGAAAGAUUGAAAGCUUUCACAGAAGGAAGAAGCUGCAUCAUGUUGUGUACGAUGAUGGUGAUAAGGAAGAUCUUGACUUGAAGAAAGAGAAAUUCGAGCUGCAAGUUCUGCCCCAUGAGGAUUUCAAGAUCGUGCAACACGAACCCAAGUCCAAAAAAAGAGUCAAAGAUUCAGCAGAAGAAGUGACCAGUGAAGGAGAUUUGGAUGAGUUAUCAGGUGACAGUGAUGGACAUGUUUCACAUGAAUCUGAAGGUGUGGUUUCUGAGAAUGUUGAUUGACAAUCCUUUCAGACCAAAGGGAGGCAGGCAGGCAAGCAAAUGAGAGCAAAAUGGAGAGAACAAAAGAAUUAACAGUGGAGAUGAAAGGUAAUAGGCUAGUAGCUAAGCUAGGUAUAUGUCUAAUGUCUUGUGUAGAUAUAGCCCACAAAAGAACCGGUAGUAGUAGUCUAGUCACCAUUUUGGCCCUUUACCGGGUUGUAUGUGAAAGUUGAGGUCUUUGAUCUUUUGGUGGGAUUGGGGAACAUGGCUUCAGACCUACAGUCCCAUUCUCAGGAAGUAAACUCCUUUAUUAACUACAUUCUUAUGCUCUCUUCAUGUUCUUGCAAUCCCACUUCAUGCAAGAUAAGGUUCUUGUUCUAAGUUUACAUGGAUGGAAACAAGAAACCCCUAGGAACUCCAUCGAUUUGAAUUCAGUUCAACAAGGACUAGAAGCUUGUUCUGAUGUCAGGGUGGUUAGGGGUGUCCAUUCGGGUUCGGUUUUUUGGGUUUACCCUAAACCGACCCAAUUAUAUACAUUUCGGUUUUUCGGGUUCGGGUUCGUUUCGGGUUUCGGUUUUUUCGGUUUCGGGUUCGGUUUUGCUUAUCGGUUUUUCGGGUUCCGGCUAAAAACCUCCAAUGAAUAGAACUCAGUAUG